UCCGUUGCGCCACUGAAAUCUUUCCAGCAUUUCUACUUUUGAACGACAUUAUCCCCUACAUACCAUCCAGAGCUAUACAUAUCGCGCACAUAAACGGUUCCUUGCGCUCGCGUUUCAUUCAAGACAAAAUGUCGGAUUCCCAACUCUUCGAAGACACAUUCACAAUCACAUCGAUAAACUCGCAAAAAUAUGAUCGCGUCUCUCGCAUCAGCUGUACGUCAACAGAUAACUUGACGACCUUCACACUCGAUAUCAACACAGAACUCUACCCCUGCGCAGUCGGCGAAUCGCUCUCUAUGGCCUUGGCGUCCACGUUGUCUCUAGAUGGGAAGGAUGAGGAUAACGCCGCUAGUCGAGGUUGGAGAGAUGUCGGUAUGGGCGAGCAUACUCUCGCUAAUGAGUAUGAUUAUGUCUGCCAUGGCAAGGUGUAUCGUUUUGAGGAGGGUUCUACUUCGGGCAAUAUGUCCGUGUUUGUUUCCUUUGGCGGGCUUUUGCUGUAUAUGGAUGGCCCUUACAACAAGCUUGUGCCAUUGAGGAUCGACUAUGUUUAUCUAUUGCUCAAGAAAUAAAUCUGGAAAAGUUUUCCAGACGACCGGAGUAUUUGCAUCAGCGUUGGCGUUCUGGUUUCGGUUCAAUCUACAGAGAGAAAAUAAUAUAAAGCACAAGACAAAAAAAAUUCGUGGGCAAAGUUGGGAUUUUUGGCGGAGACUAUACAAAUGUCUACCUAUAGACUCUAUCUGAUCAAAUACCAUAUCUACUUCAAAAAUUUUACAGUGGGAAACGGCAGACGCCGAUGUAUCCUAGCCAUAAUCUCCAAGUAAUCCGGCUCAUUCUCCGGCGUCAGAAUACCGUGCCGGAUCAAAAAGUCAAGAAUGACCACGGCACAGUUAGGUUUCCAUUCACCUUCCUUGAGUGACUGUCGCACCUCAUCAACGGUCCAAAGACGGAAAUCUUCAACUUCGCUAUCACAGGGUUUCACUGUAUGACUGGCGUCUAGUUUGAUAUCGUAGACAUACUCAAUCUCGGGUUGUAGUAGACCCGUUUCGCCACCUGCGCGCGCAUCUCGAACGUAGAAAUACGUUAAUACGCCUACUGGACGUGCGCGUUCUUCAAAGACUGCAGCUGGUAUUGAAGCUUCUUCAGCGGCUUCACGAAUAGCGCAGGCAUAGGGAUGUUCGCCGGUACUCAUCCCGCCGGCAGCGGUGUUAUCCAACAUAUUUGGGUAAGUCUGUUUGGUUUUUGAUCGGCGAGCAACCCAUAGCUUCAUUCCUUCCUUUUCAUCCUCCACGUAACCCGUCAUGUGAACACCGUAGGUGAUGAUACCAAACAGUGGACUGGCGCAUCGCUCUAUUUCCAUCAGGAAUUUGCCUCCCGGCGCAUAGAUGGGAUACAUUUCGUUGCGCCAGCCUUUCAGGACCUCAAAAGUUUCUCGGCGCACGGCUUCAGCUAUGAGACGGGUCAUGAUCUCAUUACGAACUGCAGGUUCUGCAUCUGGUGCGGCCAUUAGAGUAACGGUGCGAGCCGUUGAGUCAACUUUCCAGUCGUUCUCUAUCCAAUGAAACUUCUCAACGAUGCUGUUCGGAAUGUAUCCCAGAACGGCGUUGCAG